AUGGACAUUAGAGAAUGUGAUGAUCAUCAACAACUCUACAUAAGGAUAGCAACCUCUGAGUUAGCAGCAAAAGGCCAACUCAGCUUCAACAAGAAGAAUGGAGUACUGUUAGUACUGAUGCUCUCAAUUUCGUCAGCUGCACUGUUUCUAUCUGCAGUAGCAUAUGCAUGUAGAAAGAAAAUGAAAAAGCUUCACAAAAAGGAACGAGGAAGCGGGGGACAUACCCUUGAUAAAGAUCAUAGGACACAUACCCCUGAUAAAGAUCAUACAACUGUUCAGAUGGAAAACCUUGAUGAGCUAUCUUUUUUUAGCCUGCAUAAAAUAGUCGAGGCUACCAAUAACUUUAACAUUGAUAAUAAGAUUGGAGAAGGUGGUUUUGGUCCCGUUUACAAGGGUGUCCUGGAAAAUGGGCGAGUAAUCGCUGUAAAACGUCUCUCAGAAACAUCCCAACAAGGACUUGAAGAGUUCCAAAACGAAGUCAUUUGUAUUGCCAAACUUCAGCAUCGGAAUCUUGUCAAGCUCCUUGGAUUCUGCAUUCAUGGAAAUGAAAGGAUUCUAAUUUAUGAAUACAUGGAUAACAAAAGCUUGGAUUCAUUUCUAUUUGAUGAAACCAAAGGUUUACUCCUGGACUGGCCUCAACGCUUUCACAUUAUUCAUGGUAUAGCUCGGGGUAUUCUUUAUCUACAUCAAGAUUCCCGCCUCCAAAUCAUCCAUAGAGAUCUGAAGGCAGGUAAUAUCUUGCUGGACAGUGAAAUGAAUCCAAAAAUAUCAGACUUUGGCCUUGCUCGGAAAUUUAUAGGACAGGAUGCCAUGGCUAAGACAAAGAAGGUGGUUGGAACAUAUGGUUACAUUUCUCCUGAGUAUGCAGUACAUGGGCGCUUCUCUAUAAAGUCAGAUGUAUUUAGCUUUGGGGUUCUUGUGCUAGAGAUUGUGAGUGGGAAGAAAAACAGAGAGUUCUCUCACGAGGCUCACAACGAUAACCUUCUUGGACAUGCGUGGAGACUCUAUAAGGAAGGCAAGUCCAUUGAACUCAUUAGUGCAUCUUUACGCAACUCUUGUGUGGUGUCUGAAGUACUACGGUCAAUACAUGUUGGAUUAUUGUGUGUGCAACAUCAUGCAAAAGAUAGGCCAACUAUGUUGUCAGUAGUUUUGAUGCUGGUUAGUGAGGGGGCACUGCCUCCACCCAAACAACCAGCUUUUUUCACCGAAGAAUGUUACAGUGAAGUUGAUAAUGUUUCAUCCCUUGAGGAUUAUACGAUUACACUUUUGCAUGGUAGAUAG